AGACUGGUUUCUUACGGCGUCACCGACCGCGUUGUACUUUAUUCUCAACGCGUCACCGCGGAAAGAAGAUUUAUAUCCUUGUGGUACAAAUUCAAGUACUUAUUGAAAACAGAUGUCUGAGGCAACUGCAAAUUCAUUAGAUGAAGCUCCCAGGAGAGCUAAGAAGUUGGGCUUAGGUACUCCUCGACCAAUGUUCCAGGAAGGAGUGGAUAUAGUGCAGAUAAGUUCUGGUAGUAACCAUGCCAUUUGUCUAUCAAGUGAAGGAAAGGUUUACACGUUUGGAUCGCGGCGACUGGGUGCCCUAGGACGCCGUGAGCCUAAAGGACGCGAGGGUAUGACGGCUGAAGUUGAACUGCCAGAGAAGGUUGUACAGGUAGCAGCUGGCCAACACCAUUGUAUUGCACUCACUGAGAAAGGCCAAGUGUUUUGCUGGGGUUCUAUGGAGCCAGAAAAAGCUGAGCCUGUAACAACUCUACUAAAUGCAGUUAGUGGGAUAACACAGACAAUGGCGCAUGAAUUUGAUGAACAGUUAAGGAACAAAGAAGCUAUGAAAAGAGGAUUUAGGCGUCCAUCGCUUCUGGACAUAGAUCCUGCGACACCCCCUAAGGCAAAGAGGUGGCAAACUGACCCUGCUGCUAACACCUCUCAUAGUAAUGGUAUUGAAUCUGGUGUACAAAUAGAAACUGAAUUAGAGUGGAAAGAUGAUGCUGAGGAAGAGUAUCCGCUAUCGCCAUACCAGGUGGAGCAAGCUGUCAAACAAUCAAACACACCCACUGCGUUUGCACGCAAACUCGCACGAAUUUUAUUCACAACUGAGGAUCUCAUGCAGGCAACUUGCUCAGGCCGAACGCAGGGAGGACGCCGCAACCAGAAACUCGACCCAAAGGUCCUGGAAAUAAUUAAGCAACAGACACUUGAGAAUUAUGAUUUCCCAGGUGAAAAUGAGGAUAAAAUUUGGAGAAAGUGCUUAAAGGGAAUCGAUAAUAUUGGCCGACAUCUCAAAUACUACGACUCGGGUAACAGAAGACGAUUAAGGAAGGCACAGUUAGCUGCGCAGAAGAAAGCAGCAGAGGAGGAUGGGGGUGCCCAAGAUGAUGCUGGAGAGGAAGUGGCAGAGGAGGAUGUUGCUGAAGAACCUGAAGAUGAUGAGAAUUAUGAAGAAACAUCUGAACAAGGGAAAAAAUAAUCAUCAAUUUUGAUCCAUUUUAUAUCCUGUGUUGCAAUGAUGUUAAAAAGCUAGAAGAAUGGAAUAUAGGGUUCAGGUGCCUUCCCUAUGUACUUGCUGUUUUGGUUCAUUUUUUCAGGUUUCUUUCCUGGCCAAAAAUUUAAUAUAAAUUUAAUGUUUUUAAUGAGUUUAUUUAAAAAGUAAUAGGUACAGUACCUCAUGGAAGAAGUAUAAUAGCCAUAUAGUCGCUAAGGUAUAUACAUGCAAUUGCGUGGCACUUUCAGAGAGGUAUGGGGUGUUGUAUCAAAAGUUUAAUGAUGUAAAUAAAUUAAGAUAAUGUCAUCACAUUGAAUAUAAAGUCUUAUUUAUAUUUUUUAUUAUAUGUGCAUUUAUUAAUAAGCGUACUUUAGAUUUGUGAUCAAAUCUACACUGCACUUUUAAGGAUUUCAUAUCUUAUUUUGAUUGUCAAGUAUUACACAAGCGUUUUGUCCACUUAAGUACCUGCAGUACAGUAUUACUUUAUGUUAUACAUGCCAGUUAGGUACUGUAUUACUGGCACUAGAAUUUGGCAACCAGAAACAGUAUCUUACUAUGGACAUUUCUGAUUGUCAGAACCUAAUAAAUUUAAUAGGGGCAGGUCAAAGUUUAUGUAAGUUACGGCUGUCUUAGAAACAGUACCCCAGGGGUGGGAUCUCAAGUUCAUAAAAACAUUAUUAAACGGCAGAAUAUUGCAAGUUUGUAGUUUUUUUUUGUGUAAGCUUUUGACAAUGAAAUAACAGCUUUGGAAAAUGCAUAAGUUCAAACUAUUACUUUUCAGUCUUAAUUAAAAAAUACAUUUGGAGUAGAUUAGUGUAUAUAAUGCAAAUUAAAUGGAUAAGUUUGUAAUUUUUGAUUUGUAAAAAAGGAGUAGCUGUAUUCUAUACAUCAUCCAAUUCCUACUUCUACACAAUUUUUGAAUUGAAUGCACUGAACAAUGCAAAAAU